GAGGCCUGGCCUGCUUGACAUGGCGGCGCCUACUGGGCCCGGCGAACAGAGGGCUUGGGCACUCGGCACAGGCGGCCGAGCGGGCUCACACCGGCCCUCUGGGAUGCAGAGCCCACACGGGUUUGAAAUCCCUGCCUCUUCGGGGAAAGUGCCCAUUUUUCAACGGGAAACCGGGCCGCAUUCACCGCGCCUUGUAAUCGGGGUUUGGCGGCGCCUUGUUGCGGUUUCCUGCUGAGAGAAGGAAUCCUUUAGCUCGGCCUUGUUGUGGGUUAUUUAAUUUUACUUAUCCGUGUGGGUAGUUGGGAGGGGAGAGAAGAGGGGUACACGGAGAGGCCGGCAGAGUGGAACUGCAACUGGAACAGGAACAGGUGGUGCAACAAGAGGCACAAAAGACAACAUGGCUGCCCCGUCAGACCGGUGGAAUAAUGUUCACGACGCCAUGCUUCAGCCGAUGAAUAAGAGAGAAACCCUUUGCCUCUCGGUUACCUCUUUAGUUAGCAGAUGUCUUUGAAUGUGUAAAAAUGACGAUUGGCAAGGUUUUACGCGAAGUUUAUUUAAAAUAAGUUAAUGAAUUGUAGGUCAGAGCAUCCAGGAUGAGUUUUUUUAAAUUAUAGCCUACUGUUGAUGAAAACUGCUUCUGAUGAAAUCGAUUCUCUCCGCAAAUGUUGCAUGAUCUGUGAUGCUUUUAAACCAUAUUCAGUGUUUAAUUUGUUUUUCCAACAUACGAAGUAUUUCAUUUUUACGUUCUCUGGCGAGAUUGUAAUUUUUCUGUUGGUGUAGUUGGCGAUUUCGGUGGCAUAAACUGCACGUAUUUCUGUGUAUACUUUAUAACAAUUUGCUGAAGUUAGAAUGUGUGAAUUUGCACCAACGUCUGAGACUUCUUUACAGUUAUGACACUGGCCUUUUUCGUUGUUUUGAUAAAUUGGAGGAAUGUUUGAUUUUCACUUUAGGACUUGAAACGUCGCUGCCUAUGUGCCAUUUGGUAUAUAUCCGUUGUUUUGCAUAUGAGCACACUUUCCUUGACACACAUUAUAGCUCUCAAUUAACUAUCAACACUGCAAUUGUUUAUAUGCACAGAUUUUAUAUGCAACAUUCUUUCACAAGGUUUCAUAGAAAUGUAAUUUCACCUGCUGCUUUGUUCUUGGCUGCGAAAGUGGAGGAACAGCCACGUAAACUUGAGCAUGUCAUAAAAGUAGUACAUGCAUGCUUGAAUCCCCAAGAGCCACCACUGGAUGUGAAGAGUGAUGCAUAUCUUCAGCAGGCCCAAGACCUGGUCAUACUUGAAAGUAUAAUAUUGCAAACCUUGGGUUUUGAGAUUACUAUUGAACACCCUCAUACUGAUGUGGUGAAAUGUACCCAGUUAGUGAGAGCAAGCAAGGAUUUGGCACAGACAUCCUAUUUCAUGGCUACCAACAGUUUGCACCUGACAACAUUUUGCUUGCAGUACAAACCUACAGUGAUUGCAUGCGUGUGUAUUCAUCUGGCUUGCAAGUGGUCCAACUGGGAGAUACCUGUAUCUACAGAUGGCAAGCACUGGUGGGAAUAUGUGGAUCCAUCAGUGACUCUGGAAUUACUUGAUGAAUUAACGCACGAAUUUCUGCAAAUACUAGAGAAAACUCCAAGCAGAUUGAAAAGGAUACGAAACUGGCGGGCUAAUCAGGCUGCAAAGAAGCCAAAAGUAGAUGGUCAAAUAGCUGAUAGUGUUCUUCCUGGAUCAUCUGGGCCUCCUGAAUCUACAUGUUCUGUUGGUGGUGAUCCUUCUACAAGCGCAAGCUUUCCUAAAUCAAAUUCCACAACUGCUCUACCUACGUCAUUGAACUCUGGUAUUUCAAUCCCAGUGCAUGUUCCUGAAAUGAUGGCUACUACAUCAUUCAGUUCUACCUCCCAACAAGAUUGGCCUCAGCAUACACACCAGCAUCUGGAACAGGCUCAUUCUCAUAAACAAGAUUUGCCAUCAUCCCUUCACAAAAAUGACAUGAUCUGCAUGCAGCAGUCAACUUCUGGACAGUUAUCUCAAAGCCAUCAUCGGUCAGACAAGGGAUCAGGACAUUCAUCUAGUAAGCACGAACAUCUUAAAUCUGGUAAUGGCAAACAUCAUGGUUUCCCUCUUCCGAAUGUACCAGCUCCUCAAAAGUUAGCUUUGGACAGAUAUAGAGAGAAAUUUGCUGCAGAGCUUGCAGUGCAAAAACGCAAACUAGAAACACUGGAAUCUGAUGUGAAAGAACACUAUGCCUCUGCUGCUCAAGCUAUGGUAGAACAACAAAAAAGGCGUGUGCCAGCGCAGCAGCAAAUUCAACAUAAUAGCAAUGCUGUGACUUCUCCAAUUAAAAUGAAAAUACCGAUUUCCACAGAAAAAUCAGAGAGGCAUAUGGCAGAUAAAAAGGAUAAAGGGUUACUUAAAUUACGUAUUCCGAUCCCACCCACAGAAAAGACUAAGGAUGAACUAAAGAUGAAAAUUAAAGUUCCUUCCUCUGAAAGGCACAGCUCCUCAGAUGAGGGCAGUGGUAAGAGCAAGCACACAAGUCCACAUGCAGGGAAGGAGCACAAGGAGAAACGCAAGGACCAUUCUUCUCAUCAUCAUCACCACAGUAGCAGCCACAAACAUUCGCAUAGCAGCAGUACUGGGAGUAGUAGGCACGGUACCGAAGGGUCGAAAGGUGGAACUCUGCGUAGUCCCGUAGGUCUGAGCGGUGAUGGCAGUUCCACUGGCUCCAGCUCUUCACGCAAGAGGGCGCACGCCAGUGAUGCUUCUCACAACCACCAUCCCAAAAUGAGCAAAACCUCCAAGACUGCAGGUACUUCAUCUAGCUCUUCUUCCUCUUCCUCUUCUUCUUCCUCCUCUGUGAAGCAGUAUAUGUACCCUUGCAACUUAAUUCUUAACCUUCCCUCCUCCCCUCCUCCCACUGUCACAUACCAGGUGGGCUAUGGACAACUCAGCACCCUCAUGAAACUGGAUAGGAAACCCUCCGAGGCCAACGGUCACAACGCCAAUCCAGAAUACAAUGCAAACACCCAGCACAAGGACUACAAAGAUACUUACGAUAUGCUGGAGUCACUCUUAAGUGCCCAAGGAGUGAACAUGUAGCCGUAACUCACAGCCUUUGAAGCUGGAAUUCUGCUUCUUUAUCCAGCUGUGACAUGUGUCAUUGUCGCCACUGCUUCCGUCAGAUCUGAGCAUUGCUUCCCCAUUCUCCACUUUCAAAAGGAGAUUAGAGUAAGCAUAAUCAGAGGUGAAUGUUGAAAGGGUUGUGCUCUACCCAUAGUAUUAUCAUUACAAAUACUAUAACUUCUAGCAUGAAAUGUGCUAUUUAAUUUUGCCGAUAUUUCAGCAAUUGAAAAUUAAAGAUGGCAGACUGCUGCUUGUGAAGGUUUAAUGCCUAGUGUGUUAUGCACACCAAUAAUGUGGCAACUUGUUGGUUUUGAAAUUGACAAAGCCCUUGUUCAUAUUGCCACAUAUUUCAACGGAGUGCAAUUUUUGUCCUUUUAUUGUAUGGUGAUUUUUUUUUGCAUGUUUCUAGGACAAAAGGGAUGUAAAAUGAACAUUAGAGACAACUGUAUUAGUUUACCAGAAAGUGGAGAAAAAUGUACAUACAUUUUUGUAUGUUUAGAUGUACUAUGAAUACUCAGGUUUGGAGCUGCUUGUAAGUAUAAAAAGUUUUUAAAAAAAAAAGAGAGGUUUACAUAUGACUGACUUUGCUAUAAAGUGCAUUUAACAAUUUCAUGGCUUGUUGAAGUAAUUUACCAGACACAGUGCUGUUUCUUGAAUACAUGGAGUUAUUAAUGUAACAUUUAAAGAUAUUGUCAAGGCUCAUGUGGGAGAGAAGUUAAGCCACGUGUGUAAUAGCUGUAUUUUUUUUAGGUUAGCUCUUCUAUAAAUAUUACUUUAAAUACAUCUUAAUAAUCUACAGGGAUCAAAGUGUCAAUCGGCAUCUUAACUUUCCAGCUUCUGUAUAUUUGGAUUAUAAAUUAAAAGCAGCAAGUUACUGUUAAUGGGAAUUUUUUUUCUUUCAGGCAUAUAUAGGUUUGCAGUCAACCACACAAGUAAGCAUCUUAAAAAGAUAAUUGUCUGACCUUUAUAGCCAUUAUAAAUAAAGUAAUCCAGUUGAAAACUGUACAUCACAAUUACAUUGUAACCAAAAAAUGUUAAUUAUUUUGUCUGUUUGAUAUGCAGGAAAUUACAAGGAUAACAUGCAAGAUGGUGUUUCUGAUGAUUGAACAGUGGUUUAGGUCUUAAAUGUUAGGGACUAAAGUACUCUUCAAGACAUUCUAAUGUGAAAUAAUUGCUGUAAUUGGUCAGAUAUUACCUUUUUAACAUUGAAUACAACUAAGAAUUUUUCAUCAAUAAAUGUGGUAGUUAUUCACAUUGUUUCUUGUAGUUUUUCUUUGGUCUGGCUUGUAAAGGAUCUGUGUCACACCAUUCAAAUAAUGGAACCUGUAGAAAUUAGAGAAAUGUUCUCAGAAUAGUGAAGUGGUUAACAGAAUAGUGGAUUUUUUUUUACUUAAAAACAUUGUGAUUUUUCUAGCAAAAUUUUAUACAGAUUAGAAUGCCUUUUGUUCUUCUGUAUCCAGGCCAUUUUGAAUGUUUGAACUGUGGAUCUGAUUAUUUUGAGUAGUGUGGGUGCCACAUUCCCCUCUCGGGUAUGGGGAAGCACUUUUAAAACUAUUUAGAUCUUUCAUUGAGAUCUGUGGCCCACUGCAUACUACCACAAUGAAAUUAAGCGUAAAUGAACUAAGUAUUUCUAAAAAGUCAACUUUCAUUGAUACCUGUGAUUUUGUAUUUCUUUUGCAUCAGUAUAUUGAAGCUUUGUACUGAAGCACCAUUUUCCCCUUUCAAGUUGCUUUGCUAUAUAGCUUGAUAUGCAACAGACAUCCAAGCAAUAAUUGAUGCAAAGAUUCUCUUGUAAUUUCACAACCAUGUUGCGCUACUUUUCCCUGACAGGCACUAAGGAUUUAGCCUGUCUUGGUAUUAUAUAUAAAGAUAGUUAUAUAAUGUAUUAAAUAUAAAAACAGACAAAUGUAAUGCAAAACUUUUGCUGUCUUCAAAUUAAAUAAUAUUUGAACAUUUUAAUUGUUUUAAAGUUAUAUCUUCAUGACUCUAUUCAGUUUGUCAACCAAGUUUGCACUUGCAUUUAAAUGUUCACAUGAUAUUUUAACCUUGGAUUUACCUAUUAGGUGUCUCUAAUGCUGUCUAGUGUUAAAACUUUAGUCUUGACACUUUUUUAGAUCUUCAUGUGAAAGAAAAACUCCCCAAAGAUGACCAUAGUCUAACAAGGAGCUGAUACCUCUCUCAAUACCUUUCUGCUUAAGUAUUGAGUCAAUUGUUAAGCACCAAACUCCAAUAAAAUAAUCACCGUGAGAUGUUUGUCAAGUUCUGUGAGAGUUAUUUGCAUAUAUUAUAUAUUACUUGCAUAUAAUAGUCUGCAAGUAAUUACAGCUUCCAUUUAGGCUGCUGCUUAUAUAUUGUUUUUAACUUUGCAUUGCAAAAAAAAAUCCAGUACAGAGUCCUACUUAUUGGUUCCUGGUGUUACAUUGCACUCAAUUUCUACUUUAUUCAUUUUAAAUCAAAACCACCACUUACACCUACGUUGUUAAUGCAGAAUCUUCUGAAGAUGACUUGUUCAAUCAAGGAAUUAGUGGUUAUUGAUUAUAAGACAAUCAGAUAUAAGAACAGAAUUAGGCCAGUUAGCCUGUUUAUUAUCCCUCUUAACCCCAUUCUGCUUUCACCCCAUAACCCUUAAAUCCCGGAUUAAUCAAGAACCUUAAGUAUACCUAAUGCACAGCCACCUGUGGAACAAUUAACCAAUCUCUGGCUAAUGAAAUUCCUCAUCUUUGUUCCAAAUGGACAUCCUUCAGUUCUGGGGCUGUGCUCUUUUGGUCCUAGAAGAAUGGAACUCUAGUCCAUUAUUUUGUAGCUAUCAGAUGUUGCAGUUUUAUUUAUUACUGCAAAAUACAAGCACUUUCUAAAUGAUCUAAAGUGAUUUUUAGUAAGUGUUUUUGUUCUUGGGCAAGUAUCAUUUGCCAACUUUAGAAUCUUUCAUCAUCCUUAAUUUUUAUUCACCAUUUUUACAAUAAUCUUAUUCAGUCUGACUAUAGUGUUGCAGUAGUAAGUGAUUAUUUUCCUGAGUGAAUGUUUUUAUUCACAAAUGAAAUGUCUAGAUUUCAGGCUCAGUAAUUUUAUCUGUAUGGAUCACGUGUUGAACCAACUGCAGGGAAAACUGAUUUUUUAAUGUUUUAAUAACAAGUAGGAUACCAUCCCCAUAACUGGUAGGUUUUUUGUGAAUACAAAACAUUUUAGAAAUGUUGUAUUAUAAUACUUCAGAUUAUUCAGAUAAUGAAUCUUAGUUUCUUUGCUAUGCAUAUGAUUAAAUUAGUGCAAAAGUUCACUUCCAGUUUAAUGUGACUCAAAGCCACUCUUUUAAACAUUUAUUUGUCUACAUUUUUAAUGCAUUUUAAGGCUGGUGUUUCUGAGCCCUGCACAAUCUGCUUGUAUUAUGGUUGGGAUUUUUCUCAUCCAUGUGAAUAAUGCUUUUGUGCUUUUAUUUCUUUGGCUACUUCAUUUCUGAGUCAAGGUGUCUGGUGGUUACAGGGCGAAGACAGGAAAAUGGGGUUAACAGGGAUAAUAUUGGAGAAGAUGGAAUGGUGGAGCAGACUUGAUGGGCCAAAUGUUUUAAUUCUGAUCCCUUGUUUUAAGAUCUUAAUCUUUACUUAAAACAAAAAUGUAUAGUAAAAUAAUUUUGACCAAAGCUGGGAGAUCAUCCCAUGUUAUUAAUCCAAUCUUACAUUUAGAUUUAUGUACUGCAGUUUUCAAUUCCAUUUCCUCAAGUUUCACCACUUUCAUAUCUUGUUUUUAAAACAAACUGCUCAUUUUCAAUGUGCAUUUUUUAAAUACUCAGCCAACUGCUACUCUAACCACUAAAUAAAAUGUAUUUUUAUUUCAGAUGAAUUAAUGUGGAAGUGUUAAUGGUCAAAGUAAAACAAUUUUUUUUAAACAUUUAAAGUUUGUGGUGGUAAUCAGAUAUAAAUCAAUGUUCAGAUCUAUAUUACACUAGGCAAGCUUUUCAUUUAGCACCUUAGCCUAAUCCAAAUAUUGUAUGUCUUGGUGACUCCACUGCUUCCUUGUUUUAAGUAUCUUAACAGCUAUAAAAUUUUAAAAUGGCUUUGUGGCUUAGCACUGAGUCAUUAUGUGGUUAAAUUUUACUUGAGUUAGUAUAGAGUGUGUUGAUAGGAGGGAACGCACAAGAAUUGUCAUAAUCAUUCGAAAUUGACCUUUGUGAUUGUAAUUCCUAGUUAUGCGGUUCAGUUCUGUAUUGCAUAAUUUCAUUUGAAAAUUUGGGGUGGAGUUAGAAACAUUAGGCCAUCCCCUGGCAAAAAACAGGUUGCAAUUUACAGAUAUCCAUAAGUUGAUUUUUGUCUGUUAAGUAAAAAAAAAUAAACACAGAUCACCCAGUUGGGUAGCCAUGCCUUGAUGGUAUUGUAAUGAAUGGCAUCUUAACCCAGAGAGGGCCAGAAUUCAAUUUCUCUUUUUUUUAAUUCAUUUUGUACCUUCAUCUUGUAAGGAUUGGGGAAUGGGCUAGGGCUGGUGGGUAGAGGUGCAAUUUAUUUUUUCUUCAUGGUGAUCAUUCUGAUCAGUUCUUUUUAUAGUGUUGUAAUCUUGCAAACAUUGUGAAUAUUUGUAAAUACUUUUGUGUAAGUGGGAUUUGAUGGAUUAGUACAAUUAUUCAGGUUUUUUAGCAUUUUCAUACCUUUCAGUGGAUACACUAUAUGCAUACAUUUAGUGGUAAUUAUACUUGCAUCUUAAAUUCUGAUACUGUUUACUACUCAUUUGUUUUACCACUGCACUUGACCUGAACAAAUGCAUCUUACAAUAAUCACGUUGCAGUGUUCUGGUAAAUUUCUUAAUAUAUUUUGAAAUUAAUAUUUUUAGUCUGUUUUCUAAUAACAUAGCUUUUAGCUCAUCUUUUUUGUAAAGGUUUGUAACCUCAAUAGUUUUGUCCUGUUCAAAGUUGCACUGAGCAAAUGUUUGAUCUUUACAGUUCCAUUGCGGGACAGCAUUUUACCAGGGGCUGGGUCCGUGGGAGUGGUGAUGCAGAUAUUGAUGUGGCAAAGCCGCUUGUCAAAAUCAUGAUAACAACUAACUUUUGAAAUUAUCUUAAGUAGGCAGUGAUGCAUGCUUAAAUUGUAUUUUUCAUUUUGAUGUAUUUUAACAUCACUAUUAUUGGAAAUAAAAAUACAUCUGAUUUGUGUUGUUUGUAA